AUGGUAAGAGCUCCUUUCUAUGACAAAAAUGGAGUUAAGAAAGGUGCUUGGAGUAGAGAAGAAGAUGAGUGUUUAACUGCUUAUAUUCAGAAAAAUGGUCAUCCUAAUUGGCGUCAACUCCCCAAGCUUUCAGGUUUAGCGAGAUGUGGAAAAAGUUGCAGACUUCGUUGGUUGAAUUACUUAAAGCCAAAUCUUAAACAUGGAAACUACACAAGAGAGGAAGAAGUGAUUAUCAUCAAAUUACACCAACAACUUGAAAAUAAAUGGUCUGUGAUUGCUGAAAAGCUGCCAGGAAGAACGGACCACGAGAUAAAGAACUAUUGGCAUAGCUACUUAAAAAAGUGCUCAAAUAUAAUUGACAACGAAUACACAAUUUCUGAGUUGAAUUCAAAAUCAAAUGAUACUCUUGAAGAAAUUGAUAGUAAUAAGAAUUCUGUGACACCUCAAAGCCCUAGCUCUGGUGAUGGUAAAGACUUUGGUAACUAUAUCUUAGAAAGCUCGACAUUGCCGAAGCUAGCAGAAACAUCAACUGAAGAGAACUAUUCACCUAGCUCCAUGAAUAGCUCCUUGAUGGAAGAAGACAAUGGUGCUCCAUGGUUGGGGUUGGAAGAAUUUGAGGGCGAUUUUUGGAAUGAACCAUUCGUUCUUGAUGAUACACACACUACUAAUGAGAUAUCUAUUGAUGACAUAGAGUUAAUGAUUUCAGACUACUAUGAUGGUUCAUAUAUGUUUUCAACAUAG